AUGGACAUAUCCAAGUGGCUGGACGACACGGAGCAGCCCGACUUUCCUUCCGACUCUUCCACGCCCGCCCAUCCGCGACGGCGAGCCACGUCGGACAGCUCGUUGCUCGAGCCCCUCGCUCCGAAAGCUCCCUCUCGUCAGCACGACGCGAGACCACAGACUGCCAGCCAUGCCCGCCAUGCUGCCCCAAGUGAAUGUUCCAACGCCAGUCGCUAUGCUCGCAAGCCCCGGCGGAAGACACGCCCCGACCGCUACGAGCCCAACGUGCACCACCGUCGGCGACGCAACACUUCUCCCAAGAAGCCGCAGCACAAGUCCGCGCGCAGCAACAAGGAGAAGCCUGGCGUCGUAGUGCAGAGCUUCCGGGCCAAGAACGUGUCGCGAGACCGGCUGACUUUGAAGCCGCCAGACCUAGGCUUGUUCAGCAAGGGCCGCGCUUCAAUGGCAGUCAGAGGCCGUGGCUUGCCCGACCUUGUAUUUUCCGAAAUGAAGUUUUUGCACCAGCACAACCACCCCAAGCCCCCACUGCAGCCAGACAUGCCUAAGAAACGCAAGAAAGAGCAUAUACAAACAGCCGAAGGGGAGAUAUCGGCCUUCUUCACCUCCGAAUGCCUUGCACCGGCAGGACAAGCUGGAAAAGGGCCAUCUCGGCAGAGCAGCAUGCACGAGACCGAGCGGCGUCGUCGCGAUCCACUCUCAAUGACUGACGCGGUGGUGCCUACCGUUGAGCUUGCUGACCAAGAGUCUAGUGUAGCCGUUGAGAAUAGACGUCCCCGCCACGACAGCACUGGCUAUGUGUCCUGGUCUGAAUCCAUCAGAGCACCGAGCACGACGCCUGCACGCCUUCAAGCCGACCACGACACUGCUCGUGCACGGCAUGAUCCAGAACGAUACAGACCGUAUGCGUCCAAUGUGAAUAGAGAGAGUUCUUCUAAGCCGCCAUUUGCCAAGCAAAGUGCAGACGAGGUGGCUGAGCGCUUCAGAGUAUCCUCGCUGGCUCCACGCAGUCAAGUCUGCCGAUCACAGUCGUGCCCUCAAUAUUCAUCGUCUCCACGCCGACUCGACCUCGCCAGCCAAUCGGAAAAGCCCCAGAGUGCUGAUGCAGCUUGCUUGCCGUCAUCAAUGCCCCCUGCCUUGCCUAAUCAGAGGCUGUCAGCAAGUCGCCCGAAUACAAGGGAGUCUGGAACGUCGCCCAAUUUUGACCACAAAGCACACCCACAUAAACAACACCAGAUAGUAGACGGCGAGUGCACGGACUGGGACGAGUCGGAAACCUCGUCAGACUUGGCAAAGGUUCUCCAGGAGUGCAAAGACACCUUCCAAGAGAAACGCUGGGCAGCCUCGCCACAAACAAGGGAUACCGCACGACCAGAGCCAUUGUUGCCAACUCCUCGCGUAACACAACAAGACCAGACAAGUUCGCAUCCGUCAACACGGCGCAUGCCUACUGUACGAUUUGCCGAGCUGCCUUGUCAGUAUCAAAUACUACCAUACGUUGCUGGUCGUAGCAUCUACGAGCAGCAAGAACAACGGCAGUAUGCACGAUUGGGGCUUUCUGGAAACGGGGGCCGCGGCGUUGAUGCAUGGGCUUUGGAGCAAGAGUAUAUGGAUGAGCACGACGGUUUGCACUCCGAUGGUGACAAUGGCUGGGAACCCAUGCUGGAGGAAGCCAUGGCGCAUGGGUCACGAGACGACAAUGGAAUAUAUCUUGCUGUGGACGACAUCACCGAAGACUAUGGGUCUGGUAGCGAUGUGGUAGCCCCUGGAUUUUGGCGGCCAAAUAGGCUAUACUGA